UCAAACUAAAGUCCUGUUUUACUCUCAUCAUCAUCAUUAUCAUCAUCAUUUCGGGCUCUGAUGUCCUGGAAAAAUGCGACAGCUGGACGUGCGUGGGCCGCGCUGUCAGUAGCUCUGACCCCUGGAGGAGCGCACUGAACGCUGGUGGACUUGUUGACUCGAUCUGAAGUGUUGGAGGAGCUGGACCUGUGCGGACACCUGACAGUGCGCUGACCUCCAUCUAACAUGCGGACCGUCAGCUAUCUGCUCCUGCACCUGUUUGCGUUCUGCUACUACGCUCAGGUAACCAAUCAGUCCCCGCCUAAUUUCACGCAGCAUGUAAGCGAGCAGAGCAAAGUGACGGACCGGGUGAGCCGCAGGCUGAUCCGGAUCUACCAGCUCUACAGCCGAACCAGCGGAAAGCACGUCCAGGUCCUGCCCAACAAGAAGAUCAACGCCAUGGCUGAGGACGGGGACGCGCACGCAAAGCUCAUCGUAGAGACCGACACGUUUGGCAGCCGGGUUCGGAUCAAGGGAGCUGAGACGGGCCUCUACAUCUGCAUGAACAAGAAGGGGAAGCUCAUUGGCAAGGAAAAUGGCCAGGGACGGGACUGUAUCUUCACAGAGAUCGUCCUGGAAAACAACUACACGGCCCUGAGGAACGCCCGCUAUGACAGUUGGUACAUGGCCUUCACCCGCCGCGGGCACCCACGCCGCGGCUCCAGGACGCGGCAGCACCAGAGAGAAGUGCAUUUUAUGAAGAGGUUGCCAAAGGGGCAGCAGCCCAGCCACCCGGGCCAGCAUCGGCAUUUUGACUUCAUCCACUACCCGUUCAGUCCACGGACUAAACGCACAUACUACUCCUCACCGCACUGAGGAGGAAGCUCUGAAAAGGACAAAGGGGGGAGAAAGGACACACUGAAAUUCUGCCCCCGUCUCAACUGGACAACCAGCUAGAUUUUUUUUUCAAAUGCUAUCCUAAUGUGUAGCUUAUUUGAAAAUGUUCUGAAGCGUACGUAGGAAAUUCAUGGACAUAAAGGAAUGAAUCCACGUACGUUCUAUUUUUUUACUUCAAACUGUUUAGUACAGAGCAUUUCUUUUUUUUUAAACACAUAUGAUCCGUUGUUCGUCAGCAUCUUGGUAGAAUGCUGGGUCGUUGGGUUCAUUGCAUAGUUUUGACGAAAGAAGUCUUUACUUGGACUCUGGUCUGCUGCUGAAGGAGACUUGAAGGAGCCUGCAUGAGCGCACUGCCAGGGCACGGCCGAGUUUACGGACACACUGUGAGACGCGGGAAGCAACGACUCGGUGGGAGCUCUGCAGUGUUUGGGCUGUUGGCCAGACACCUCGGACCGGGCGGAGCAAACAGAGUUUGCAUGGCAGCUAUAUUUAUACUUCCUGAGCUGAUUGUAGCGACUCCUGUCCAACACGAGCUCCUUGUGCCCCUCACUUCAAGGGUUCUGGUUUCUUCCUUAAUGUCUUUUUUAAUACAUAUAUAGAUAUAUUUUUAUUUGAGGAUGUGCAUAAUAAUUUCAAAGAUGAAAUAUUUAUUUAAGAUGUGUAAUAAAUGUACAUUAGAACUGUGAUAUUAAAUCCCUGUUUCAUACCUGCUUGCUUUGGACUCAUCUUGUUGCAGCC